AAAAAAAAAACUUUAAUUCUAAUUCUCUCUCUCCUCUUUCUCUCGCUUCCUUUUCUCCCCUCUACAAAUUACCUCUCUUUCCUCCACCCUCUCCCUUAAAUCUCUCAUCACAUCAAUAACAAUUACAAGACACACACAACACGAUGGUAAAAUCGCCGGAGCUCCCGGACUGCCGGUACCUAAGCCCGCCAGUGGUAAUCCGGCCGGCGAAUCCAACCCCAAAACACUCUUUAUACCUUUCCAAUUUGGACGAUCAGAGCUUUCUAAGAUUCGCCAUUAAAUACGUCUUCUUAUUCGAGAAGGGCGUGAGCUUAUGCAAUCUCAAGCGCUCUCUGGCCAUUGUUCUCGAACAUUACUACCCAUUUGCCGGACGUCUGAGGGUGUCCGGUGGCGGAGGGUCGUCUUCGUUAGAGUUUGAUCGGAAACUUGAGGUGGAUUGUAAUGGGGAAGGAGCGGUUUUUGCCGAGGGGUUUAUGGAUUUGACGGCGGAGGAGUUUCUUCAAAUGGCGGAUACACCUAAUCGGUCUUGGAGAAAGCUUCUGUAUCGCUUUGAAAAUCUUGGUUUCUUGGAUAUUCCUCCUCUCGUUAUUCAGGUUACAAAUUUACGUUGUGGAGGGAUGAUUGUAUGUACCGGAAUAAACCAUUGCUUAUCGGACGGUGUUGGGACUUCACAGUUCUUGCAUGCUUGGGCCCACCUCACCACCAAACCCAAUCUCCCUCUUCCAAUCCAACCAUUCCAUUUCCGCCACGUCUUCAAACCUCGCAACCCUCUCCACGUCACCUUCCCCCACCCUCAAUAUUCCAAAACUACCCCUUCCAACAACGCCAACUUCCUCCUCGACCUCCUCCGCUCCCUCCCUCUCCGCCCCGUUUCGGUCGUCUUCUCCGCCACCGACAUUCUCCGCCUCAAGCGCCGUUGCACCCCUUCCCUUAAAUGCACUUCCUUCGAAGCCGUCGCAGCUCACACCUGGCAAUCCUGGGUCCACUCUCUUGUUGCUGCCACCACGACGACGACGACCCUCAUUGUUUCCCCUCUUCCUCCUUCACUCCCCGUCAACCUCCUCUUCUCUGUCAACGUCCGUCGUCGCAUGCUCCACCCCGAACCACCCGCGGGAUUCUACGGUAACGCCUUCGUCCUAGCAUGCGCCCAAUCCACCGUGAAGGACCUUACCGCCAAUGCUGCCAUUGGCAACAUCUACCACGGCGUGACACUCGUCCAACAAGCGAAGGCGGCCGUGACGGAGGAAUAUGUGCGGUCGGUGGUCGACAUGUUAGACGACAGAAGUGUGAGAACAGACAUGUCGUCUACGUUGGUGAUUUCGCAAUGGUCUAAACUUGGGCUUGAAGAUUUGGAUUUCGGAGAGGGGAAACCGGUCCAUAUGGGGCCUCUUGCCAGUGAUAUUUAUUGCCUGUUUUUGCCGGUUUGUGGUGAUCUCUCCGCCGUUAGAGUUUUGGUUUCGGUGCCGGAAUGUGUGGCUCAGAAGUUUGAAUUUAUUAUGAAGAAUUGCUGUUACAGUGACAAUGAAGAUGAAGAUACAAUUAAAAAUAAUAACAAUAGUAAUAAUGAACAAAAAAAUUGUUUCAUCUGAAAAAAAAAAGAUGUAUAUAUCAUAAUUAUUUCUCAAUCUACUAUUCACUCUCUUUUUAACAUUGUGCAAAA